AUGAUGAUGAAGUCGUUUGAAGCAAAGGCUCUACUCCUCUCUGUGGCAGUCGUCUUGGUGUUGAUCGCCUCGUGCGAUGCUGUGUACAAAAAGACGGUGGUGGGAAUAGUGAAUCAGGCUACGGGAAACCCUAUCACGGUCCACUGCUACUCUGGCGACGACGAUCUGGGAUUCAAGAAGCUCGGGUUUGGCGAGUCUUUCGCAUGGUCGUUUCGCUACAGCGUGCUCGGGAACACCAAGUACAUCUGCAACAUCAACACGGACUUUGGCUCUGGUAGCUACGUGGCGUACACAGAGGGCUUCAUCGUCGAUAAGUGCGGGCUCAACUGCGUUUGGAUCGUGAAGCCGGACGGGCCGUGUCUGCAGCAGACGCAGGGCCCUCUCUUGUGCCAGAAAUGGCAGAGAUGA